AUGUGUGACGAACCUUUAGUACCUCUACCGAUGGAGCGAUGGCCAGAGCUCAAAGAUGUGUUUAAAAGAGACUGGCCUCGGGGCAUAUGUGGCUAUGGAGUUCUGGACAUUGAAGAAUUAAUGAUCAAUAACGGAGCUGAUUACGGUUUCAAAGCAUAUGUGCCUUAUGGGGACAUGUGCAAUGGUCUGGUCGGAAUAAAUGUAAAGGGAAACUUCUUUGAAUUAAUUAUCCAACCCACCAAAGAGGUCACGACCGACCUUGUGAAUGCAUUGAAACAUACGAAACUCAUAAACUGGAAGAGUCCGAUAGAAUUGGCAUUUUCUCGUAUAGACGUGGCGGACACUUUCAAAUCUAUUUUACAUGAGAAGAGGUUGUUUAUUAAAGGUAUUACAACAACUGAAACAUUUUAUAUUGAGGAUGAUGCGCCAUAUUUCGACGUUGAAUUACCCCCAGAGCUAACGUUCGAGAUGAUGACCGAUAAACAUGCUUCUAUAUCCAACGACACUUGGCCCCACAAAUAUUCAGGCUCGAUUUGGUACUACCAGCUAUUAAUCAAAGCCAAGCUUGGUUAUGGCCUGUUUCAAAAUGGAGAACUGGUUGCUUGGUGCUAUGUCAAAGAAAUGGGAGCCCUAGGGCAUUUGUACACCCUUGAGGCUCAUAGAAGAAAAGGAUAUGGAGAGUUGGUCCUAAAACUCAUAUCGAACACAUUGAGGAGAGAGGGAAGAGUUGUUUUCGCGUUUUGUGUAGCUGGAAAUGUCGCCGCCCGAAAUCUAUAUUCCAAAUUAGGGUUUACUUCUAGUGGGGAUCUCAAAUGGUGUCACACCAAGCCCAUUGUGGAAUAA